UGGAAAGCAUCAUUGUGGUAAAGGUCGUAAUGCUAGAGGAAUCAUUACAUCAAGGCAUAGGGGGGGGGGUCAUAAGCGCCUAUACCGUAAAAUAGACUUUCGACGGAAUGAAAAAGACCUAUAUGGUAGAAUCAUAAACCAUAGAAUAUGACCCUAAUAGAAAUGCAAACAUUUGUCUAAUACAUUAUCGGACUGGUGAGAAGAAGUAUAUUUUACAUCCGAGAGGGGCUCAAAUUGGAGAUACGAUUGUUUCUGGUACAGAUGUUUCAAUCAAAAUUGGAAAUACCCUACCUUUGACCGAAAUCCCCUUAGGCACGACUAUACAUAACCUAGAAAUCACACGUGGAAGGGGUGGACAAUUAGCUCGAGCAGCGGGUGCAAUGGCGAAACUGAUUGCAAAAGAGGGUAAAUCAGCCACAUUAAAAUUACCUUCUGGCGAGGUCCGUUUUAUAUCCCAAAAUUGCUCCGCAACAAUCGGACAAGUCGGAAAUGUUGGGUUCAACCAAAAAAAUUUGGGUAGAGCUGGAGCUAAACGAUGGCUAGGUAAGCGUCCUGUAGUUAGAGGAGUAGCUAUGAACCCCGUAGACCAUCCACAUGGGGGCGGUGAGGGUAGAGCCCCUAUUGGGAGAAAAAAAACCUACAACCCCUUGGGGUUAUCCCGCACUUGGAAGAAAAACUAGAAAGAGGAAUAAAUAUAGUGAGAAGCUCAUUCUUCGUCAUCGCAGUUAAUAUAAUAUAUUAUAGUAUCAAAAUUAAUAGAAUAGAGCAAAUUAAAUUUCUUCAUUCAAUUAUAUGAAAAAUAAAAAAAUAAAAGAAUAAUAAAAUUUAUAGGAGUAAACUGUGGCACGUUCACUAAAAAAAAAUCCCUUUGUAUCUCAGAAUUUAUUAAAAAAAAUUGAGAAACUUAACAUAAAGGGAGAAAAAGAAAUAAUAAUAACUUGGUCCCGGGGAUCUACUAUUAUUCCAAUAAUGAUUGGUCAUACUAUUGCGAUUCAUAAUGGGAAAGAGCAUCUCCCUAUUUAUAUAAUGGAUCAUAUGGUCGGACACAAAUUGGGAGAAUUUGCAACUACUUUAAAUUUUCGAGGACAUGCAAAAAAUGAUAAUAGAUCUCAUCGGUAAUGUGAAUACUAAAAAAUAUCUUGAUGCUUAUGAGUCAUUAGUAGGAGGCAAACUUUAUGUACCAGAUGCUAAAUAAAAAAACCCCAGAAGUAUACGUUUUAGGUCGACGUAUAGCUAUGUCGGCUAAUAAAGCAAGAAGAGUUAUUUAUCAAAUUCGUGGGCGUUCCUAUGAGGAAACACUUAUUAUAUUAGAACUCAUGCCCUAUCGUGCCAGUUAUCAAAUUUUAAAAUUGGUUUAUUCAGCCGCAUCAAAUGCUAGUUACACUAUGGCUGCAAAUAAAGCAAAUUUAGUUAUUAGUAAAGCUGAAGUGAAUGAGGGGACUGCUCGAAAAAAAAUUAAAACCUCGGGCUCGUGGGCGUAGUUAUCCAAUAAAAAGACCGACCUGCCAUAUCAGUAUUGUACUAAAAGAUAUUUCAUUCAAUGAUUCUGAAUCUGUGGAGCUCGGUUUGCUAAAAAAACCACAAGCGAAAAAAAAUUCUAGAACUAAAGCAUAUUCUGAUAUCCAGAAUAGGAGGUAUUUAUGGGACAAAAAAUAAAUCCACUUGGUUUCAGACUUGGUACAAACCAGGCCCAUUAUUCACUUUGGUUUUCAAAACCAAAAACGUAUGCUGAAAAUCUG